UACUAACAUUUAUAGUGACUAAGCUGUGUAGUUAGUGGGUCUGGCCAAUACAUGCACUGAUGCUAUUGGUUGAUUCUUCUCCUGGUAACCAACACAAACUUACUUUCAACAACAGCUUGCAGCAAGCAGAGAAAUGAAUGCGUUUUUAUUGAAAAUAAAUUGUUGAAUGUUUACGCACGCCAGUAAUGAUAUGGACUGCAAUUCUGCAAGAGCCAGCAACAAGCCUACUGAAAGAGAUGAGGGAUAUUAUGGAAACAGGACAGGGAGAGAUGUUGCCACAGAAAUUGAAGAAAAACAUGACGAAUAUUUAAUAGCACUUCAGCAUAAAAACAGGAUCCUGAAAAAAAUGAAAACAAAAGACCCAAAGCAAAUUAUGCUGGAGUGUUUGGAGCAGGGGUUUUCACUUUAUGUCAAUGGUGCAAACGCUGAUCUCAAGAGGCAGCCAAGGAGACAGAGUCCUCAGCCGUCAACGGCAGCUGACUUAAGAGCUACGCAGACUGCAGGCGUGUCUGGAAGGUGUGUUUUUUCCCACGAGGAGCUGCAGGAUUUGGAUGACGCUCUGAAGCGGAGGACUCAGACUGCACCCGGAAAGGUCCAGCGUAAAGGAUGGGCCCAGGAUUCAGUCCACAUUAAGACAGAGAAUGGACCUCGAAUACGGAUUGUUCCCAAUCCUGACUACUCGGAUGAUUUUGAUGCCUGCGACAGUGUGAACAUGGAGAAAUCAAUUAUAGACUCUCCCAGACAGGACAGUCGUGAAAACUCAAAGGCAUCCAGUGCAACAAGAUUGAACAGGAACAACAGUGACUGCAAUGAUAAAGUUUUAUUGAACGUUGAUGAUGUGAAGGUGCUGCGGAGGAGCCUAGAGGGCAGUGUGAGCCUCCGGAGGAGCAGCAGAGACUCAACGAGCGAGGAGUCGGACGGGUUCGAAGAGGAUUCUGUGGAGGAGCAGAUAGAGGUGGACGACAGCACUGAGAGUCUGCAGGACUUGCAGCUGCACUCCAAGGAAACUUCACGAGAAAACCGGGGCAAAAGUCAAAAAGAUCAAAAAAGGCAACAAUGUGCUCUAGAACCAGGAGAUAUCGUAGUCCUAGACUUUGGCCCUUCACCUAAAAAUACUAAGCAAGAGCGAGCGCUUACAGCAAAAAGAAAAGACAACAUUGAGACUUAUAUUCCCACCAAGCCCAUGAUGGUUAAAAGUAAAUCAACUGACAGACCAUCCUCCUCCUACUCCUCUUCCUACAGAGAUCUCUCUAGGCCGGGAAGUCGUGUAGAGAGGCCGCUGUCAGCCGCUAGGAGACCUCUGUUUGAGGAAAAGGACCCCGAGGAGUCUGCCUUUGCUGUCAUUGAAGCAGUGCAGAGGGAAAAUAAACCUGUUGAGAAAGAGAUGAGACCCAUUCCAGCAGAUAAAGCAGUUGCCGAAAAACUGCUGAUGUCGUCCUCGGCUCCGGUAUUGAACAGAUCAAUUCCCUCUACUUCUUCAGAGACAGUGGGAGAAAGUGAAGUCACCAAGGCCAUGGAGAGAAUCCGAUUACUGGAACAAAGCCAGCAGAAAAAGCUUUUAAAGGCACUAGAAAGAAUUGAUGUUGAUUCCUCUUUGGAUAUCCAAGAGAAUGAAAAAAGUAGUGACUCAACAGAAAAAGCACAGGCACAGAAAGGAGCUGAGGUGACGGGCGCAGUCUAUGUGACAAUGGAGAUAUUGUCCAACUGGGGCGACUGCAGCAGAGUAGGCCUGACUGAGGUGCAGUUCUUUAGCUUGAAAAACCACAAGCUUUACGUUUCUCCUCAUGAUAUUGAUAUCAGAAAUGCAGACUACCAUGGAGAUCUAGGUGCGCUGAUAAAUGGAAAAACUAAAACCACAAAGGAACGUCAGAUGUGGACAUGCUCCUUCCACCCCCCAGUCCAGCUGUAUUUCAUUAUUCGCAAUCCAGAGCACGCGCAGGAUUUAGGCAUUUCCAAGAUCAAAAUAUGGAACUACAACAGGAGCCUCAAUGAUUUGGAUAUUGGAGCCAGACAUGUUAGAGUUUACCUCGAUAGUAUUCUGAUGUUCGAUGGAGAGCUGGAGAAAGGCUGUGGAAACCAGGUGUUUGACUACAGCACUACUAUUGACCUCAGCCCCACAAAGCAGGAGGCUGUAUCUAGUCCUGUUUCAAGAGGCAGCUCUGAUAACAGCAAAGACCGGAGUAGCGAGAAUCCGAGCCUGGAAUGUGCUUCAGUCAGCAGUAGCUUCUGUGUGGAUGAAGCUGAAACAGGAAAAAUGCUCAAGGGGAAGAGUGAUAGUGGUGGCCUAAGGGAAGACCUUAAAUUGCCUUCAGCUUCCUUUGCCAAACUGGAGCGACAGUCACAGAGUGACUCUUUUGAAACCAGCCAAGAUUCACAUUUGGAUGAGGAGCUAACGAUGAAACAACAGGUGGAAAAAUUAACAGGGAAAAAAAUAGUGGAGCCAACUUUUUUCAGGACACCAUCAUGGUUACAACCGAUAAAAAAAGACAGCCAGGAAAGGACAGAGUGCAGCAAAGAAAGACCUCCAUGGCUUUUCAAAGACCAGAAUGAAGACUUCAAACGAACUUCAGUUUGUGAGCUGCCGGAACUGUCAAGCAAUCCAGUAAAAGCUCAUAAGAGCGCCAUGACCAAGACUGAAAGGAAUCUGGAUGGAGAUCCGAGUCUCCCUACAGCAGACUACAGAACCGAUUCACAGGAUUUAGAUUUUUUUGGUAAGGCUGCAGAGAAGGACUGCUACACCACAUCACUGCUGGAAGACUUUAUUCAGAAACCUGAUCGCCCCGUUAGUGGCAGGAGAAGCUCAAUGAGAAACCUGAUGCAGCAGGAGUUACUCAAUACCAAUGGAACACUUCCCAGAAUCGAUGACCAGAGUAAAAGGCAACGCACCGCCCGAGCCAAGUGGCGCAGUGAGCAGGAUGACUCAUUGCUGGAGUCCUGGAAUUCACUUUUGAAGUUCAACCAGUCCCAGCGUGGGCGCAUCUCCAACAUGGACUUCGAGGGGGACAUAUUCGACGAGUUCCGGCAGCAGUGGAUCGGCUGGCUAGAGGCGUCAGUUCCAGGGGUUCCCAGGCCCCAGAGGCAGGCACUGGUGCAGGAGCAACGGGAGGAAGACCCCCUUAGUGAGGCUGACAAAGAUGACGAAUUUGAAAUCCCUGUACUGCCCCAUGGCCAACAUUUGGUCAUCAACAUCCUUUCUACCUGGGGUGAUCGGCACUAUGUGGGGAUGAAUGGGAUAGAAAUGUUCAGUUCCACUGGAGAGCCCAUUCAGGUAGCCCAUAUCCGAGCAGAUCCACCUGAUAUUAACAUCCUGCCCGCCUAUGGUCGGGACCCCAGGGUGGUGAGCAAUCUGAUUGACAGUGUAAAUAUGACGCAGGAUGACAUGCAUCUCUGGCUGGCUCCUUUUACUCCAGGGAGAUCCCACGUUAUUUACAUUGACUUCGAAACCCCCCGCCACGUAGCCAUGAUCCGGAUCUGGAACUACAAUAAAUCCCGUAUACAUUCCUUUCGCGGGGUCAGGGCGGUGGAGAUGCUGUUGGAUGGAAAAUGUAUCUUUAAAGGAGAAAUAGCAAAGGCUUCAGGGACACUGUCUGGAGAUCUGGAGCAGUUUGGGGACACUAUACUGUUCACAACCGAUGAUGACAUCUUAGAAGCCAUGUCUCACUACGAUAACACCUUCGAUGGUGAUUUGGAUAGUUCUCAGGGGCUAGUUUGUGAAGAGGAGUUAAACCGGCCCAGAACUGCGGAUGGAGAGGGAGAGGAAAGACCUUUCACACAGGCUGGCUUCAGAGCAGAGGACCAUCAGCUACAGGAACAGCAAUCUACAUCAAGCCACUUGACAGAAGUGUCUAACCAAGUGCCAGGAACAUAUACUGGAAAAUGCCUUAAAUUAAACUUAACUUCGACGUGGGGUGACUCGCAUUACCUGGGGCUGACUGGGUUUGAGGUUGUUGGCAAGGAUGGUCAGGCCCUUCCAUUAAGCAUGAGCAUUAUCGACGCCUCUCCCCGGGACCUCAAUGAACUGCCAGAGUACAGUGAGGAUUCCAGAACAUUAGACAAACUAAUAGACGGGUCCAAUGUCACCAUGGAAGAUGAGCACAUGUGGUUGAUUCCUUUUACCCAUGGGAAAGAUCACAUUCUAACUGUGUCUUUUGAGAAGCCUGAGACUAUAGCUGGGCUGCGCUUCUGGAACUACAACAAAUCACCAGAAGAUACUUACAGAGGGCUAAAGUUAGUCCAUGUUACUCUUGAUGGGUUCUGCAUCUCGCCACCAGAGGGCUUCCUCAUACGAAAAGGUCCUGGCAACUGCCAUUUUGACUAUGCCCAGGAGAUCUUGUUCAUUGAUUUCUUACAGCCGAGCAGUAGACUCAAAAACAAACAGCAGCUGAGGGGUAACUCAAAGAAUGUAGAACAGGCUAGCAUGGACUAUGAAGCCCCUCUGAUGCCAUGUGGCUUUAUCUUCCAGCUGCAACUGUUGACAAGCUGGGCUGACCCGUACUACAUCGGGCUGAACGGGCUGGAGUUCUACAAUGAACACAACGAGAAGAUCACUCUCACAGAAAACAACAUUGCUGCAUAUCCAGACAGUGUGAAUGCGUUGGACAGCGUCACAGGAGAUGUGAGGACUCCAGACAAACUAAUAGAUGGAGUAAACAAUACCCAAGAUGGAAGGCACGCGUGGUUGGCCCCUGUUGUUCUUGGUUUGGUGAAUCGGGUGUAUGUUAUUUUCGAUCAGCCAAUGACUGUGUCGAUGAUAAAACUUUGGAACUAUUCGAAAACCCCUCAAAGAGGUGUAAAAGAGUUUGGGCUGCUGGUGGAUGAUCUGCUGGUAUACAAUGGAAUUCUAGAUAUGGUGAGCCAUGUGUCCCGGGGAAUACUGCCAACCUGCGACCCUGUUGUUCCAUACCACACCAUCCUGUUCACAGAUGAUGAGAUGAUUGCUUUACGGGAGAGAAAAACUGUGAUCAGCAACUAUGUUGAAGACCAAGAUGUGAGGAUGACCAAUGAGAACCAAAUUGUUCACCACAACAAGAACAAGCAAACUGCAGAUCCAGCCUUGCGACCAAAAACCUGCAUGACAGACAGAGGGCAGCAGGGAAACAGAAGAUACUAAAAACAGUUUCAAACCAGGUAUACUUCAACAUGCAGAUACAUAACAUGUAAGGCAGAAAGCAAACCUGGAUAUUUUCCAUCUAACCUAAAUGCAUGUGAUGACGAGUGGACUUUGUGCUACUGUUGCCGAGCUUGGUCGGACAUUAAACCAAGUAACUAUUUAAAAAAAUAAUAAUAAUGUGGCCAUCUGAAAUCUACAGAAGACAAUCUUCUUCGUGUUUGUAGUAGCAUAUUUGUCACAUUUAACUCUCAAUGUCAUCUGGAAAGAGCAUUACUGUUGCAUGCUUUUCACACCAGUAAAGAACUUUACUAUUCUCAUAAUACAAAUAUUUACCUUCACUAAAAUCCUGUUGCGGUGAAGUUAUUCACAUAUUACAAAUGUCUGUGAUGACACUUGAAAGCACAUUCAGUAGAAGCUGCUAUUUGUUUGAUGACAAGAUUAUAUAAUGCAAGCAGUGACACACAACACUUCAAAUACACAUCGCUGUUUUAGCACAGUGUAUUUUGAAAACGGACAUGUGCUUUUGAAAGAAUAAAACACUUAUUGUGUAAGCAGUAUUCUGUUAUGCUCAUUGCUUUGGGGUACAUUUAACACUGCACUUGGUGUUUCCUGCUUCAAGGUCAUGUUGUAUAGUGUAAAGAUUGUACAUAAGACAUUCCAUGUGCAUUGCUUUUUUAUCACCAACUUCAAAGUGAAUUUAUAUUUAAUGUAGUUUUACUUUUUAUUAA